AUGAAGGUUUGGGAGAGGAUGGUGGAGGCCAGGGUGAGGAGGUGCAUGUCUAUUUUCGAUAACCAGUUUGGAUUCAUGCCGGGGCAUUCGACUACGGAAGCGAUUCAUCUGGUAAGGAGAUUAGUGGAGCAGUACAGGGAGAGGAAGAAUGAUUUGCAUAUGGUGUGUAUUGACCUUGAGAAGCAUACGAUAAAGUACCGAGGGAUUCCUAUGGAGGUGUUUGGAGGCAUUGUAUUCCCUGCUGCUAUUAUUUGUGGUGAACGAGAGAUUCAGAGCACUAUGUUGGAGCUACUGAACCAGUUAGAUGGCUUUGAUUCCAGAGGAGAUGUUAAGAGGAUAGACAGAAAAAUUGGGUUCCCACUUCCAGAUAUUAAAACAAGGAGGCACAUUUUCCAGAUACACACAGCAAGGAUGACUUUGGCUGAUGAUGUCAACUUGGAAGAAUUUGUUAUGACCAAGGAUAAGUUUUCAGGAGCUGAUAUCGAUGCAAUAUAA